AUGGAGUAUUUGGAGAUUAAUGAAGCUCGUCGUUUGACUACCCAAGGAGAAUACCGAGAUGCUUUCAACUCUUAUUUAACGGCAAUAGAAAAGCACCCAACCGUGAAAAUAUAUAUAGAAUACGAGUUCCGCGUGGUAUUGGCCAAAUUAAUGGAAGCGUUGUUCAAAAUGCCACGACACAGCUUCGAAAUGAUGUAUUGCCUACGGUAUGCAUGCCGAGGCCCUGAUUCACUACGAAAAAGCUUUAAACCUCGAUUUGGGCUUCAGAUUCUGUUCAGAUUAUAUAACGAUAAAACACGAAACGCCGCGUAUGGAUCCGCCAUGUACAUGGAGAUAAAACCUCAAUACGACCGAAUACUAGACAUGGACGGGGGCAUUGGUUUAUCGGCGCUGAUAGCCCGCGGGUGCAAGGCGCAGUCCACUAGUGCUUGGGAACGUCUGCUAGCUCGAGAUGCGCGGGCGCUGCCGUAUAAGGGAGAAUAUUAUGUUGCAGGAGCGAAAUGCAAACGUAUUGCUAAUAAAUAUCGACUGCAUGAAACAGUGAAGAAAAUUUUGAACAUUCCAAACUCAAAAGUGCUCUGUAUGUUACCUGAACAAAAAACAUUCUACAAAGAAGAUUUGAAUAUGUACGACGAUAUCAAAAUCAUGACGGAUGAACACUUAGUUUUCGAUAUCAAUUUUGAUCGAUAUGACCAUGUGGUAGCAAAAAAUCGUAAAUCAUAUUACGAUAUUAACCUAAUAGCAAAAGAGGACGGUGAAAUUGAUGUGACAGUGGGCUGGUUUAAACUUUACUUAACAAAAUACAUAGAACUAACGAAUGAACCGCGUACCGCUACUGUACCGUGCGAAAGCCGCACAAAGGGGUGGUCGCAAGCUGUAUUUCCGGAUUUUGUACCGACAAAAGUAAACAUCAAUCAGAGCACACCAAUUAAAUUUGUGUUGAAAGAGGGAAAAAUAGCUUUCCAAACAGAAUUCAGCAAACAGAGAAUCUCAAUUUCCCCGAUUAGAUUUCUAAACGACACAGUUUUCAUGAACGCAAUAAUUCGUUGUGUUCCGGCAGCUUGUGCUUAUCUGCAGCAGAUAGUAGAUAUAACCGACACAGAUAUAAUUGACUUUAGUCCAUUCCCGAUGUUCGGGCUUCAAAUGAUGCUUCGAGGUGCAAGAUCACUGCUCUGCCACGCGUGGAGUUUGGAAGACCAAAACUUUAUACAGUCCGUCUUCAAGGCGAACGACGUACCACUGGAUAAAAUUACAGUCCUUUGUGGCGAUUGUUGGCAACAAGAAUUCUAUAAAGAUCAAGUGUAUCAUGUUAUAUUUUCUACGGAGUUGCUUGUGCGCGGAGAUAUCGAUGCUCAUAUGUGGCAGACUAUACAGAAUUUACGAAUCAGUCGCUUGGCUCCGGGCGGUCUCUUACUGCCCACGGGUAUCACUGUGAUACUUCAACUAGCGACGAGUGAUUGGUUAGAUAUAAAUAACAAGUUACUAGAUGACAAUAUCGGCUUCAAAAUGGCGUCGCACGUUAACAAGUACCGGAAAACUCAAGCGCUCGAACUGGACUUGUCUGUGAUAAAGUAUGAAGAGCUAUCAAAUCCUGUUCUGCUAUCGGACUAUUGCAAUUCAAAUCGGUCCCAUAUAGUGUCAGUGACGCCACUGAAUGACGCGGAGUGUAGUGCAAUAUUGUGUUGGUACAAACUUAAAUUAUUUGAACACGAUGCUGAAAUUAGUACCAAGAGAGAAGGAUGCUUUAUAGACACUUUCGCUCAUCUAUUGAAUCCACCUGUACCGAUUUUCAAAGGUGAUGACUUGAAUUUGAUAGUAGUGACAGAAUCAAAUGGAUGUAGCAAGUGCUAUUUACAUAAUAAUUUCCAAAUGGAGUAUUUGGAGAUUAAUGAAGUUCGUCGUUUGACUGCCCAAGGAGAAUACCGGGACGCUUUCAAGUCUUAUUUAACGGCAAUAGAAAAGCACCCAACCGUGAAAAUAUAUAAAGAAUACGAGUUCCGCGUGGUGUUGGCCAAAUUAAUGGAAGCGUUGUUCAAAAUGCCACGACACAGCUUCGAAAUGAUGUACUGCGUGCGUUAUGCCUUACGCGCUUUUCCCGAUAACAUCGUUCUAAUGACUGACAUCGGUGACAUCUUUUACAGCUACGGUAUGCAUGCCGAGGCCCUGAUUCACUACGAAAAAGCUUUAAACCUCGAUUCGAGCCUUGUAAAUGUUGAAAUCAAAAUGAACGAGUCGAAGAAAAUGAUCUUUGACAGAGGUCUGUUCAGAUUAUAUAACGAUAAAACACGAAACGCCGCGUAUGGAUCCGCCAUGUACAUGGAGAUAAAACCUCAAUACGACCGAAUAUUAGACAUGGACGGGGGCAUUGGUUUAUCGGCGCUGAUAGCCCGCGGGUGCAAGGCGCAGUCCACUAGUGCUUGGGAACGUCUGCUAGCUCGAGAUGCGCGGGCGCUGCCGUAUAAGGGAGAAUAUUAUGUUGCAGGAGCGGAAUGCAAACGUAUUGCUAAUAAAUAUCGACUGCAUGAAACAGUGAAGAAAAUUUUGAACAUUCCAAACUCAAAAGUGCUCUGUAUGUUACCUGAACAAAAAACAUUCUACAAAGAAGAUUUGAAUAUGUACGACGAUAUCAAAAUCAUGACGGAUGAACACUUAGUUUUCGAUAUCAAUUUUGAUCGAUAUGACCAUGUGGUAGCAAAAAAUCGUAAAUCAUAUUACGAUAUUAACCUAAUAGCAAAAGAGGACGGUGAAAUUGAUGUGACAGUGGGCUGGUUUAAACUUUACUUAACAAAAUACAUAGAACUAACGAAUGACCCGCGUACCGCUACUGUACCGUGCGAAAGCCGCACAAAGGGGUGGUCGCAAGCUGUAUUUCCGGAUUUUGUACCGACAAAAGUAGACAUCAAUCAGAGCACACCAAUUAAAUUUGUGUUGAAAGAGGGAAAAAUAGCUUUCCAAACAGAAUUCAGCAAACAGAGAAUCUCAAUUUCCCCGAUUAGAUUUCUAAACGACACAGUUUUCAUGAACGCAAUAAUUCGUUGUGUUCCGGCAGCUUGUGCUUAUCUGCAGCAGAUAGUAGAUAUAACCGACACAGAUAUAAUUGACUUUAGUCCAUUCCCGAUGUUCGGGCUUCAAAUGAUGCUUCGAGGUGCAAGAUCUUUGCUCUGCCACGCGUGGAGUUUGGAAGACCAAAACUUUAUACAGUCCGUCUUCAAGGCGAACGACGUACCACUGGAUAAAAUUACAGUCCUUUGUGGCGAUUGUUGGCAACAAGAAUUCUAUAAAGAUCAGGUGUAUCAUGUUAUAUUUUCUACGGAGUUGCUUGUGCGCGGAGAUAUCGAUGCUCAUAUGUGGCAGACUAUACAGAAUUUACGAAUCAGUCGCUUGGCUCCGGGCGGUCUCUUACUGCCCACGGGUAUCACUGUGAUACUUCAACUAGCGACGAGUGAUUGGUUAGAUAUAAAUAACAAGUUACUAGAUGACAAUAUCGGCUUCAAAAUGGCGUCGCACGUUAACAAGUACCGGAAAACUCAAGCGCUCGAACUGGACUUGUCUGUGAUAAAGUAUGAAGAGCUAUCAAAUCCUGUUCUGCUAUCGGACUAUUGCAAUUCAAAUCGGUCCCAUAUAGUGUCAGUGACGCCACUGAAUGACGCGGAGUGUAGUGCAAUAUUGUGUUGGUACAAACUUAAAUUAUUUGAACACGAUGCUGAAAUUAGUACCAAGAGAGAAGGAUGCUUUAUAGACACUUUCACUCAUCUAUUGAAUCCACCUGUACCGAUUUUCAAAGGUUAUGACUUGAAUUUGAUAGUAGUGACAGAAUCAAAUGGAUGUAGCAAGUGCUAUUUACAUAAUAAUUUCCAAAUGGAGUAUUUGGAGAUUAAUGAAGCUCGUCGUUUGACUGCCCAAGGAGAAUACCGGGACGCUUUCAAGUCUUAUUUAACGGCAAUAGAAAAGCACCCAACCGUGAAAAUAUAUAAAGAAUACGAGUUCCGCGUGGUGUUGGCCAAAUUAAUGGAAGCGUUGUUCAAAAUGCCACGACACAGCUUCGAAAUGAUGUACUGCGUGCGUUAUGCCUUACGCGCUUUUCCCGAUAACAUCGUUCUAAUGACUGACAUCGGUGACAUCUUUUACAGCUACGGUAUGCAUGCCGAGGACCUGAUUCACUACGAAAAAGCUUUAAACCUCGAUUCGAGCCUUGUAAAUGUUGAAAUCAAAAUGAACGAGUCGAAGAAAAUGAUCUUUGACAGAGGUCUGUUCAGAUUAUAUAACGAUAAAACACGAAACGCCGCGUAUGGAUCCGCCAUGUACAUGGAGAUAAAACCUCAAUACGACCGAAUAUUAGACAUGGACGGGGGCAUUGGUUUAUCGGCGCUGAUAGCCCGCGGGUGCAAGGCGCAGUCCACUGUGAGCUUUAACUCAUCGCCUGCUCUCACCCAGCUCGUGCAAAGCAUUGUGCUAGAGCGACAAGACGACUCGAUCACUCUCGUAGAUCAUCCUAUAAGAGAUUUUAUUCCGUCUGGCAUUAUUGCUCGAGAUGCGCGGGCGCUGCCGCAUAAGGGAGAAUAUUAUGUUGCAGGAGCGGAAUGCAAACGUAUUGCUAAUAAAUAUCGACUGCAUGAAACAGUGAAGAAAAUUUUGAACAUUCCAAACUCAAAAGUGCUCUGUAUGUUACCUGAACAAAAAACAUUCUACAAAGAAGAUUUGAAUAUGUACGACGAUAUCAAAAUCAUGACGGAUGAACACUUAGUUUUCGAUAUCAAUUUUGAUCGAUAUGACCAUGUGGUAGCAAAAAAUCGUAAAUCAUAUUACGAUAUUAACCUAAUAGCAAAAGAGGACGGUGAAAUUGAUGUGACAGUGGGCUGGUUUAAACUUUACUUAACAAAAUACAUAGAACUAACGAAUGACCCGCGUACCGCUACUGUACCGUGCGAAAGCCGCACAAAGGGGUGGUCGCAAGCUGUAUUUCCGGAUUUUGUACCGACAAAAGUAAACAUCAAUCAGAGCACACCAAUUAAAUUUGUGUUGAAAGAGGGAAAAAUAGCUUUCCAAACAGAAUUCAGCAAACAGAGAAUCUCAAUUUCCCCGAUUAGAUUUCUAAACGACACAGUUUUCAUGAACGCAAUAAUUCGUUGUGUUCCGGCAGCUUGUGCUUAUCUGCAGCAGAUAGUAGAUAUAACCGACACAGAUAUAAUUGACUUUAGUCCAUUCCCGAUGUUCGGGCUUCAAAUGAUGCUUCGAGGUGCAAGAUCUUUGCUCUGCCACGCGUGGAGUUUGGAAGACCAAAACUUUAUACAGUCCGUCUUCAAGGCGAACGACGUACCACUGGAUAAAAUUACAGUCCUUUGUGGCGAUUGUUGGCAACAAGAAUUCUAUAAAGAUCAGGUGUAUCAUGUUAUAUUUUCUACGGAGUUGCUUGUGCGCGGAGAUAUCGAUGCUCAUAUGUGGCAGACUAUACAGAAUUUACGAAUCAGUCGCUUGGCUCCGGGCGGUCUCUUACUGCCCACGGGUAUCACUGUGAUACUUCAACUAGCGACGAGUGAUUGGUUAGAUAUAAAUAACAAGUUACUAGAUGACAAUAUCGGCUUCAAAAUGGCGUCGCACGUUAACAAGUACCGGAAAACUCAAGCGCUCGAACUGGACUUGUCUGUGAUAAAGUAUGAAGAGCUAUCAAAUCCUGUUCUGCUAUCGGACUAUUGCAAUUCAAAUCGGUCCCAUAUAGUGUCAGUGACGCCACUGAAAGACGCGGAGUGUAGUGCAAUAUUGUGUUGGUACAAACUUAAAUUAUUUGAACACGAUGCUGAAAUUAGUACCAAGAGAGAAGGAUGCUUUAUAGACAGUUUCGCUCAUCUAUUGAAUCCACCUGUACCGAUCUUCAAAGGUGAUGACUUGAAUUUGAUAGUAGUGACAGAAUGA